AUGACUUCUACUACAAGCCAACUGGAAAAAAGCCUAAGAGAACUUCAGAUCUCAGAGUCUGACUCACAAGAAACCUCUACCGUGGUGCGAUGGGUGCCCUCGAAAUACAGCUCAGACGUAUCUCAGUAUGUUCUCGUAAGGCCUCCACGGGCUCCAUGCGGCAAUCGUCGGCUGUUUGGUUUUCCUAUUGUCAAGAGAGAAGUUUGGGACAUUGGGACAAUUGCUUUCAAGCAAAUUUGGCCAGACGAAACUUUACCAGACGACCAUUUCUUCAUCGCCAUGAAUUCCCUUACAUUCAUCGAGAUAUAUCUCAAGCUUCGCGUUUGUACCAUGGCACGUGCAAAGGUGGUUGGAGAUCCGAAGAAUAUCCCACCGGACUGUAUGUCGUCCGGAAAGGUGCUGUUGUUAGUAUUGUGGAGGGAUACAGAAUCCGAUGAGGCCUGUCCAACGCCGAGUCAAGUGCAUUCCCUGGAGGUGAAGCUUAAGCGCUCACCGGGAUGGUGGGUAGAAGUCCCAGUGUUCUUCUGCUGCUACGUGUGCUGGUCUCGAGUGCAACUUACAAUUUCAUUCUCUGCACUGCACACUAACUUUGGCCAGCUCACGUCCGAACAUUUCUUGACAAAUGUUGCAAGGUUCGAUGGACACGGAACAGACGCUGGAACCAGCUGGCAUGACCUCAUACGCGAACGAGAAUGUCGUGCUCGCGCUUCAGCCAGGCUUCAAAUGGUGAUAACAGUCAGCGCCUUGUCACUGAUUUUCACUGCAGCAAUUCACAUUAUCAGUAUUGUAGCUGCCAAAGGUCUCUUGAUCAUUCGUACAUAUGCGUUCUGGCAGAAGAACAAUAAGCUCUUGGCAGUGUUGCUGGUCUGGUCAUGUGUGCUCAUCCUUAUCAUUUGCAUCGCGUGUGCUUAUCACAAGCAAACCCUCCCCCUUCAGACGACAACUUUGUUUUUCAAGAUCCCCCCACAAGCAACUGUACUUUUGAAGCGGGUCGCAGCAGUGCCAUUCAAUAUUAUGGCUUUCUCGUGGCCUUCGAACUGGGGAUAUCAAGACUACAGGGAUUCCGACAGCCCUCUAGUGAGAGCCGUCUUCCAGGGCAGGGUGCGAUUUACAGUCCCAGCGUGGUGGGACAAGAAGCUCGACACUAUUGUCAACAACUAA